AUGGAGUGUCGGGUCUCCACCGUGUCUUACCUGAGCUGGGCUCUGAUUGUGGGGGGCGUGGCUUACCUGUGGCGUCAGACCCGGAACCACACGGGCUACGGCAGGUACGUGAAGCCGACGGAUCGCGUCUUCUGUUCGGCUAAACUCGGCUGGUUCCUGCAGGAGGUUCCGUCCUUCCUGCUGCCGCUGCUGCUGCUGCUGCUCACCGACCAACCGGGAACCGGAGCAUCUACCGGGAGGACCCUGCUGCUCUCCACCUUCAUGCUGCACUACUUCCACAGGAGUUUCAUCUACGCCUUCCUGACCCGAGGCCGUCCCGUCCCGCUGCUGCUCGUCGUCUACGCCGCCGUCUUCUGCUCCAUGAACGGCUUCCUGCAGAGUCACAGCCUGCUGCACUGUGGUCGCCAUGACGACGGGCGGCUGAUGGACGCAUGGAGGUCUAUCGUGUCUCUGGUUUCAGGGUUUCUUCUCUUCGUGGCUGGUUUGAUCAUCAACGUCCACAGUGAUCACAUCCUGCGCAACCUGAGGAGACCUGGAGAGAUCGUCUACAGGAUUCCUUACGGAGGAAUGUUUGAGUUUGUGUCCGGUGCGAACUACCUGGGAGAGAUCGUGGAGUGGUUCGGUUACGCUGUAGCUGUGUGGUCCUUACCCGCCUUCGCCUUCGCCUUCUUCACUGCCUGCUCCAUCGGGCCCAGAGCCUGCCAGCACCACAGAGACUACCAGCAGAGGUUUGAGGACUACCCUCGCUCCAGGAAAGCUCUUAUUCCCUUCGUCCUGUGA